AUGAAAGAAGGAUUUGAUGUGAAAUUGGUGGAUUCUUCAGCAUGUAACAACUGCACCAAAUCCAAUGGAGUUUGCGGUUAUGACCUCAAAUUGAAUCAAGUAACAUGCGAUCACUCGCAAUCUAAACCAGGUGUUGAACCAGAAGCUAAGCCAGGAGUUGAACCAGAAGCUAAGCCAGGUUUUACAGGAUUAUCCUUCACGCAGACACCAAAGUUCAAGAUUCUAAUAGGUGCUUCGGCUGGUGUUAUUGGGAUCGUAGUCCUCGCUGCUGUGAUAAUUUGCUACCUUAAAAGAGAACAAUUAUCAAGCAUGGUCGUGAUGACGAAAAAGAACACGACAGAGAAUCAAUAUGCCAAGGCAUUCAUAAAGAAUCAAGGUUCGCUUCAACCUAAGCGAUAUAGUUAUUCAGAGAUUAAGAAAAUGACCAAUUCAUUCAAAGAAAAACUAGGCCAAGGAGGAUAUGGCAGUGUAUACAAAGGAAAGCUAUUGGAUGGCCGUCUAGUCGCAGUGAAAGUCAUAAAAGAGUUAAAAGGUAGUGGAGAAGAAUUCAUUAACGAGGUUGCUAGCAUUAGUAGAACUUCUCAUGUUAACAUAGUCACUCUUUUGGGUUAUUGUUAUGGGACAACUAAAAGAGCUUUAGUCUAUGAAUUUAUGCCCAAGGGAUCUCUAGAUAAGUUCAUAAACAACCAAGGGCCUUCAGGAACAAAUUGUCAAUUGGAAAGGGAAGCACUCUUCCAAAUUGCAGUUGGCGUUGCUCGAGGAUUAGAGUACCUACACCGUGGUUGUAGCAUAAGGAUUUUGCAUUUUGACAUAAAACCUCAGAACAUUCUUUUGGAUGAAGAUCUUUGUCCAAAAAUAUCUGAUUUUGGACUUGCAAGACUAUGCCAAAGGAAAGAUAGUAUUGUAUCCAUGCUUGGUACUAGAGGAACUAUAGGGUACAUUGCACCAGAGGUUUUUAGUCGAGGCUUUGGAGGAGUCUCUUACAAGGCUGAUGUCUAUAGCUAUGGAAUGUUGGUUCUUGAAAUGCUUGGAAAAAGAAAGAAUCUCAACGUAGGAGUGUCUCAUACUAGUGAGAAAUAUUUUCCGGAUUGGAUUUAUCAGGAACUAAAUCUAGUUGAAAAUGUUGGAAAUAACAUUGAAAUGGCAGAGGAGGUAGAGGAAAUGGAAUGGAAGAUGAUAUUAGUGAGUUUGUGGUGCAUUCAAAGUGCUCCCACAGAUCGACCAUCAAUGACUAAAGUGGUGGAGAUGUUGGAAGGUAGUCUUCAAUCUAUCGAAAUUCCACCAAAGCCCUUCUUGUCUUCUCCUAAAAUGUCUCCUCCUAAAAUGUCCAUACAAAAUUCUUCAACAUCAUCGUUUACAUGAAAAGGAAAA